GGCCUUGAAUUCCCGGGCCUUCCGACCGCCCCCGAUUUCGGCGCAGACGUCCGGGGACGGUCGAUGCUCAUGUUGGUGGGCUACGAAGAUUUCCGCUGGGACACCGCAGUGGCAUCCGAUUGGCGAUGGCCAGCUGGAGGAGUUUGUAUCUAUUUGGCUGUGGUCUUUGCACUGGGCCUUCUGAUGAAGAAUUCCAAGCCAUUCGACCUUCAACAAGUGACUGUCUAUCACAACUUGCUCUUAUCCAUCAGCUCACUCGUGAUGUUCCUGGGCACGGUGCUUGAGCUCUUGCGCAGAUGGUCUACAUCCCACGACUUUCAGUGGUUCUUUUGUGAAGAUCCAAAGGCACUGGCCGUUGGGCCACUGUACUUCUGGUCUUAUGUGUACUACUUGAGCAAGUACUAUGAGAUGCUGGACACUGUGCUGGUGUUGUUGCAGAAGAGCCGCGUGCCCCACUUCAAACUCCAGGUCUAUCAUCAUGCGGCGGUGGUUCCAAUGGCCUGGCUUUGGUGCGAAUGUCAGCAAUCACUACAGUGGGGAGGACUACUCUUCAACACCUUGGUGCAUGUGAUUAUGUAUCACUACUAUGCGAUGAAGAUCUUAAAACGUCCUACGCCAUGGAAGAAGUGGAUUACCAAGCUGCAAAUCUUGCAGUUCGCCACCAGUUUUGGUCUGUUGGGCAAGACUUUGUGGAUGAGCUUUGGUCAGGGUGCCUCCUGUGCGGGGAUGAAGGCUUUGCUCUACAAUUGCAUCUUCAACGCGACCUUGAUCAUCCAAUUCAUCGACGUGGACAAACAGAACAAGGACAAAGAGAAGAAGCCAAAGUAGCCUUCUGCCUGAGUCUUCCGCGAGCGUUUUCACGAAAGGUAGCCCUUUAGGGGAUACCUUGAGUUUGUCUUGCGAAGCAAGUGUUGGGACGUCCGGGUCUAAUAAUUGAUCGCUCAAUUCAGACCCCCCCCCCCCCCCUCCCCCC